CCCGUCGACAGAAUAACAACCGACAUCGUUCAUUUCAACAAUCGAAGAAAACACUAAAAACCAUCGACAAAAAUGUUCCGUCAAUUCAUCAUCAUCGGAUUGGCUUUGGCUUGUUUCGUACAGGUGGCCCAUUUUAUGCCAUCGUCGGCAGUGGCACGAGACGUUCCCGAGGGAGAGACCGACUCUGCAGGUGCUGCUGGAGGUGCGCAAAAUGCCGUUAUGGGUGCUGUGAACGGUGCAAAGGAAGUGGGAACGUUGGUUACUGAUCAAGUACUCAAGAGCAUUAACCAGGUGUUGAUUGCAAACGCCAGGGCUCUGACCGCUUUCGGAGGUCUUUUCGGCUCCACCGCGAACGGAAUAACCAAGGGCACUUCGUCGGUGUUCAACGGGUUAUCCGGGGGUUUCAAGCAAUUGGACAACGUCGUUCAACCGUUGCCGAUCUUAAACACGUUAUCGUCCGGCAUAUCACAAACUCUGGACGUUUCUGCCAACACCCUGGCCUCCGUCACCGAUCACAACACCAAGGAGACCAGCAAAAUGUUCCAGACUUGGAGAGACGCUGUGGACAAAGCCAUACCCGCCGGGUGGUCGUCCGCAUCUGCUGCACAAGGCGCCUCCGACACCGCAGAGGCUGCUCCAGCGGCUUAACUCAAAGCAAUCCCGUUCGAAUCUAAGUUAUUGUUAUUGUUUUGCCGGUCAACUAUUGUCUUAACCAACACGUUGGCCUAAUGAUAAAUAAAAAUAUAAAAUAUAAUCUCGACC